UCCCGACUGCCGUUCCCUGCCCGCCCGGCCGUGACUGAUUCCUUCUGUAGUUCUGGGAAAUAUUUCGACGAGGGGGAGGGGGAGAGAAGAGGCGGACUGGAGCUCGUUGAGCCAUUGGCGAUGGAGGAACUGAAGAAGCUUGAAGAAGCACAGGUGGUUCUGGAGCUCCUGCUAUCCCGCAGCGUAGUAACGGCCUCGUCGGAUCCCGGCGCCGACCGUUUCCUCGCCAACCUCGUGCUUCUCCUGAUACAGCCCUGUGCAGACCUUGAUUUGAACACAAAGCGACGUUUGGUCAAUGAAAAUAUGCCACAGAUCUCAAGUGCACUCCUUGAGGAAGCAUCGAUAUUGCUUGGUCAAAAAGAUAGUGUGAAGCUUGAAAAGGCUGGUCCAAACUGUAGUAAUUGGACAACUUUAGCUGGAAGUGCUCCAGUCAUUAGUUUUCAUGAUAAGGUAGAUCAGGAUUUCUUGCAAUCUGAACUGGGAAAUGAGGCUGUGAUUGGACUUGAUUCAAUGCAGAGGGCAAAUUCAACACUAGAGGAUUUUUGCAGAUCCUACUUCAUGUUUCACGGAAUGGAUGUGAAUAGGCCACAAUCAGUGUUCAAAUAUUUACCUAUGCUUUUCUUUGUCGAAAGUUACAUAUAUCAGCUGGAUACUUUGAAUGAGAAAGUAGUAAACAUAUACAUUGAUGGGAAGACCAUGGCCCCCAGUCAGUCUGAGAUAACUGAAAAUGGCGAUACUGGUGGAGUCAUUUAUAAGUUCCAAACUGAUCCAUUCAGACCACUUCUCCUGCUUCUCGAAUGUCAUGGGCUGCUGACAGAAAGGAUUAAAGAAGAACUUAGAUCAGGAGCAGAAUACUGGGCUCUUGAAAGGAAGCUUUGCUUUGCCUUGAAGAGCAGACAAGAGGUUUCAGCUGAAGAUGUGAUGAGGGCUAUUCAUCUGAAAUCUUUCGAUUACCGAGUGUUGAAUCUUCUGCUGUAUCAGCUGAGAGGAGAGGAGGUGAAUGACUUGCAUAUGGAUUUUCUUUCCACAUCUGAAUUCUUGGUAGAGGUUUCCGAUGAUCUGUUUGACUACGAGGAAGAUGUAUUGGAGAACAGCUUCAAUAUCCUGCGCAUGUUUGUGAGAAUAUAUGGAGCUUCAGCAGCCCCAGCAAUGCUUGCAAAAUGCAUAGCAGAGGCGGAAGAGAAAUAUGACCAAUUGCUACAUGCGCUGGGUCCUCAGCUCUCUUCACAAUACCAGAGAAGGUGUGAAGAAGCCACUGCAGAAGGUGGGAAGACGGGCGCACACCCUUUUGGGACAUGGAGCAUGCCAACGGUGAUUGUAGACGAGGAGUUGUAUCGAGCCAACGUGUUAAAUUGUGAAUGAGUGGAGGGACCUCCACAGUAAGAACAUUCUCGCUGAAAUAGCCCGACCUUCAUCUAAUUACACUAAUCGGAUUAUAUUAUUUUUCUGUGGCUUGUUUCACAUUCCUGACUCAUAUUAUUGACUACUAUCGUAAUGCAACCGGACACCCUCUCAACUCAUCCCCGGAUCGCUGGCUCUGGUCCAUAUUCAUGUGAUCUCUGACCGGAUCGGCCUCGGGUCCACGGUGUAAUAAUUCGGUCAAAACUAACAGCUUCCCUACCCGAGAGAAUCUGCCAGGGAAGUGCUCUUGUCCCUUGUAACCCGAGGAUUUUGUCUGAUGGCAAAAAUUUCUGAGUCCUUUGGAAGGGUGAGUGAAUUCAACAGUGGGAGGCACAGAGAGAGAGGGGGAGAGACCAAGCCAAAGACAAGAGAGUACUCAUCAGCUUCGUGUGGUCACUGCUCAGGUACUGAAAUCGAUGGAUCAUUCAACCCCUCUUGCAUUGCCCCCCUCUAUUCAGAUUCUCUUCUAAAAUAUGUUCCUCUGAUAUUGUUGGUUAUGAUAUUUAAUGCAAAUAUCCGCCAUUGAUGCAAUCAAUCUGCUUAGAAGCUGCUUCUUGCUCGCCGGGCCAUUGCCUUCCAUCUCGGUCCGUCUGGACUGCAAGGAAAUUAAAUCGUUCCUGGAGGCCGGGAAAGGAGGGCGCAGCAUCAUGUGUAGUGGUUGCAUCAACAGUUAAGAGUGGAGAGAGCUUUCUGGGUCAUUUAUUACUGGAUUUGGUUUUUGACUGAUCCCGCGGAGAGCUCUACUUGCAACCCCCCUCAAAAUAUUAUCGAUCCAUGAAGCUCUGGAAUGGGGUUAUAUCCAUGCCGACAAUCGAGAAUGGGAGUGCAGUAUUUGAUGUUGUAAUUGUACUUCAGGUCAUGCGCAAAAGGCACACAUUGUGACUCGGCAUCACUACAUGAGUGCAAAUCAGAGCAGCCAUUUCCCGGCUUUUCCAUG